ACCAGAACAAGCUUUAAGCUAAUAUCUCCACUCCAAAUACCAUCCUCAAUUCUCACUUCUCAUCAUCAACUUUCUCAAUUUACCUCUUGCAAGCUUCACCGUUUGGCUAGAAAUGGCUGCAGCUACCUCUCUGUACGUCUCCGAGAUGCUCGGAAGUCCCGUCAAGUUUAGCGGUGUUGCAAGGCCUGCUGCUCCUUCUCCAUCCUCCUCUGCUACCUUCAAAACUGUUGCCCUUUUCAAAAAGAAGGCUGCAGCUCCUGCCAAAGCUAAGGCUGCCGCUGUCUCUCCUGCUGACGAUGAGCUCUCCAAGUGGUACGGACCUGACAGAAGAAUUUUCCUGCCUGAGGGUCUAUUGGACAGAUCAGAAAUCCCCGAGUACUUGAACGGAGAAGUUCCCGGAGACUACGGUUACGAUCCCUUUGGUCUAAGCAAGAAGCCAGAAGACUUCGCCAAAUAUCAGGCUUAUGAGCUGAUCCACGCUAGAUGGGCUAUGCUUGGUGCUGCUGGGUUUAUUAUCCCUGAAGCCUUCAACAAAUUUGGUGCCAACUGUGGUCCUGAAGCUGUUUGGUUCAAGACUGGAGCUUUACUUCUAGAUGGAAACACAUUGAAUUACUUUGGAAAGAACAUUCCCAUCAACCUUAUUCUUGCUGUCGUCGCGGAGGUUGUUCUUGUUGGUGGUGCUGAGUACUACAGAAUUAUUAAUGGCUUGGAUUUGGAGGACAAGCUACACCCAGGUGGUCCAUUUGACCCACUAGGCCUAGCAAAAGACCCAGACCAGGCAGCCAUCUUGAAGGUAAAAGAAAUCAAGAAUGGAAGACUAGCCAUGUUUUCUAUGCUUGGUUUCUUCAUCCAAGCCUAUGUGACAGGAAAGGGUCCUGUUGAGAAUUUGGCUGCCCAUUUGAGUGACCCCUUUGGCAACAACUUGCUCACCGUCAUCGGCGGUGCUUCAGAAAGAGUCCCAACCCUGUAAUUUUCUUUUUGGACUGGAGGAAUUGUACAAUUCUGCAAUACAUUUCAGAGCUGUAUGUGAAAAACCAGCUUGUAGUUUAUGAAGACAAACUGUACUUAUUUUCAUACAGCUACUACACUGGCCACAUACGUCCUUCAUUCCAAUUUAUGCAGUAACAUUAUUUCGUUA